AUGUCGAUCCUAGCGCAGGGACUGGCUGUGCGGCGCGGCGCAAGGCUCGGGACAGCAGCCAGGUUAGGGCCGGAGGAUCGGAAGUCGCUCGAAGACGGCGCUUGCGUCGCUGGAGGAGACGAGAGGACGGCGGGCGAGGAUGAAGGAGUCAGAGAGGAAGGAGCAGCAGCGACGAGAGGCCUGGCCAAGGGGAAGCAAGACGUCCAGGCGGUGGACCCGACGCGGACAGCAGAACGAGGCUCGCCAAUCACAGCGGCCGAGCAGCAGGAUCGUGGGCUUCCUAAAGCGACCAAGCUCCAAAGGCCUGGCGGGCAGUCGGCCGGAGAAGGCAGACUUUAG